CUCCCACAGGCUGUCGAUCCUUCCACCCUAUCGUCAGCAUCUCCCAAUCCGUCAAAACUAUCAAGGCCAAAAUGAUGCCCGCCACACCACAUGUUCACGUUUACAGUGACUCACAGCCCGCCGAGGACCAGCCGCAGACCCCAGCAGAUCUCCCUGCCAGCUCUCGGCAUCAAACAUUGCGAGAUUCGCGUUUGAAGCAUGAUGCCGAUGAUGACGAUUGCCUCAGUCCGACUUCACGAUCGACGAAGUAUCGUCCCUCGAGACACACCUACCCUGCUUCGCUCGCAGCAUUGGCUUAUCCACAAUCGAGCACUCCAACGAGGGGAAGCACAUUGCUCGUGACAUCGCAUUUGCUCAGCUCGCGUAACGGCCAGAGGCGUGCCACUAACGCAGGACGGGCCAGCGCUGACGAGGAGAAUAGUUUCGAUGGGAGUCGCGGUGAUCUUGAAGACGAGCGGCGAUUUCGGGUUGAUAGGCAGACUCAGAGCAGCUUGGACGUGACUCCGCCAAAGGAGGAUAGAUUUGAAAGGUUCCUUCUCUGAGAAAAGCAUAGCAUGGCUCCACUAAGAACCCCCCUUUAUGCACAUGUAUAGCGAGAUUCGGUUGCUGUUGGCAGCAUGCUAUCUCUGGAUGUAGACGAAGCGACGCAUUGGGUGAGAUGGCCGUCCAG